AUGAAAAAGAUUAAUGAUAAUAAGAGUUCUGGCGGAAGAGUUGAAUUAGAAGUGAAUGAUGUUAAUGAGAAAUUAGCCGAAAAAGCAGAUAAAAACCACGUUCAUUAUAUAACUUCAGACGAACAGAUUAUAACGGACUACCAUGGAUAUUUAACACGAAGUGAUGAAGCGAAGACAAAAAAUGUUAAUGAAAGAAGAUAUAAAUACAUUCGUGCUAAAGGUUAUGACAUAAGCUGUACUGUACAGUAUGACACAGGUAAAGCACCAGAAGCAUUUAGUUAUAACGAUGAAAUUUAUGCCUCUACUUUCUCUGUUAAUGGUGUAUUAGUUGAACCAAGAUUUACUUUGAGAGUUAAGGCAAAAAUAACGUUUGAAGAUGCUAUUAAAAGUAAAGCUGACAAAGUUGAACUCGAAGCAAUGAACAAAGUUUUGAAAUCUCAUAAACACAACAUCUCCGAUAUAAAUGAACUUCAAGCUACAUUAGACAGUAAAGCUGACAAGAACCAUACACAUAAAUCCUUCACUACUGUUAGAGCAGACGACAUAAUAUUGAACUAUACCCUUGGUUCAAGUGCACCUUUAGAGAAUCCAAGUACAAGCGUAAAAGAUACACUAAACUCCUUAAAUAACAAAUGUAUGAAUAUCGAAGGUCAUGUCAGAAACUUUGAAACACAUGAACUACCAGCAAUGUUAGAUAAGAAAGCAGACAAGAACCAUACACAUAACUCCUUCUCAACUGUUGCUAUAGAAAGUAUUGAAGGAACGGUUGAAGAAACUGGUGGGGAUGCAUUAUAUUGUAAACCUCCUAACUUUCCACAAGGUUUAACAUCGGAUGACGACAUAACGACGAUGAGAAACAUUAGAUGUAAAGAUGUUUAUGUCAUGAAGGAUGAACAUAAUAUUAAAUUCACUGCUCAAGAUUUAUAUGACAAGAAAGCAGACAAAACAGAGCUUCAAACAUUAAAGACUCAGAUUCUUCAAACAUUAUAUCCUAUAGGCUCUAUUUAUACUUCAAUGAACUCAACAAAUCCAGCAACAGUUUUAGGUUUUGGUACAUGGCAGCAGAUU